CAGUCUUUGCUUUUCUUUACAUACUAAAGUUGUGCCAUCUUGCAAAAAAAUCUCAUCUUUUGAUGGUCAAAUGAAUAUUUAAUCCCAAAAAUGUCAAAUCAGGUCUGUUUCUUCUGCUCAGCUCGCAUCCUCCCCCCUUUCACUUGUUUAAAGGUUCUUUCACACCAGGAGCGUUUUUUUCGUGCGAUUAUUUCCGAUGUCAAUAUUUUUUUUCAAACCCGUGUCCUGUCAAUACAAGCGUUCACAUCAGCAAUGUUUUCCCAUCCUAUCGCGGCAUUAAUUUUUUCGCAUCACGGUCAAGCGGCUGAUUGUUUACAUGUUGGAGAACAGAGUGCUUUUUGAUAGAAGACACAAGUAUUACAAAGAUAACGACCUGAAGGACAACUUCUGGAGAGCCAUAGCGUCGGAUUUCUCAUAUGACGAUGGUUUUUGUGCUUUAACAGUUUGCUAAACGUCUUUGUCUUAACUUUCAUCUGUGCUAAGUAACUUUAGCUCGUAAGCUAACCUGUUCAGAUACAACACACCAUAUGUAUUUUCACUGUCUCAAACUCAAUCACGUUGCUGUCACAGCACCAUUAGGUCUCGGUUGUUACUUUAUGUUUAUGGAUUAUAGUUUCAUGUACUUAUCUGGUACUGGCCCUGACUCAGUACAUGCUGUCAUGACAGACAGACAUCUCAACACUAGUGUCUAAUCAGAACUGAAAAACAGUCAGUCUGCUGUUGUGUCAGUCUUCUCGCUUCCACCCGUCAGGCGUGUCAAAAUUUGCCUCCGAAUAUUUCGUAAUUUCGUGUCGUAUAUUUGCGUCGUUCCUGGUGUGAAAGGAACUUAAGGCAGUGAAAAUUACAUAUUAAAAAUUGUCAGUCCUGUUGCUGAAAGUUGUGUUUGCUCUUGUAUUUUAUAUAAAGGCAGCAAUAUGAAUUUCAAUCUAUUUCUUAAACACCAAAAAACUCCUUACAGGAGCUUUAAUAUUCACUGUUAGAUGACACUAGGACAUCUUUAACCAUUUCAGAGAUUCAUUUAAACUGAUGCAGGUCAAUGCUGGCGAUUAGUUGGAUAAAUAUCACACCAAAAAAUGUCCAUAAUAGGCACAGUGAAGAAUGCUGCAGCUGCCACAUUUUUGUGCAACAUCAUUUUGAGUUAACAGAAGAGCCAAUCAAAAUCUAGGCCUUGAUAAGUGUCUGUUUUUUUUUUUUUUCCAAUAAAUCUUCAAAAAGUUCAAACUGCCUCAUUUUCCUUUCAACAAUCUGCAACUUUUCUUUUUAUUCUGCUUACUCUUGAAACAAUCUCCCGACCUUUCAUCAGAUGUGUCGACUGCGUCAGACUGAAUUUACCCUCAGAGCAUCUUUUCUAUCUCCUCAGCCCGUGGAUCUUCUCUGCGCUUUAUCAAUUCUUUUUAAAACAUCAGCUUUUCAGAAAAGCUGUUCGGGGUGAGAUGUGAAAGGAGGGCAGUUUGAAUAUUUGCACAGCUUUUUCUUUAAAGACAGGCCUAAAGCAUCAUCUGCAAUUACACCAUUCGUCGUCAAAUAUGUUUGCAUAUUCAAUAAGAAAAAAGCUGCUGGAUGUGGCUUAAUUUAAGCAGCCUCAUAGGCGACAUGCAAACUCUUCAACAAUGUGCUGCAGAGAGAUACCUUAUUAGCCUUAUUAUCAUUAUUCCUCCUCCUGAUUGUUGUCCUUCACCUAACUUUCCUCUUUAUCAUUCACACACAGAGCAAACAAACUCUGCAGACGCCUGUGGCUUUCUGCUGAGACACAAACUUGGUCGGUUGUGUAAAUAAAAAUUAGGAGACCACACAUGCCAGGACUGGCUGAGAAGCGGGCUAUGUUUCCUGACAGGUGUGGUGUCGUUUGGACCGAAAGGCAGAGAUGUUUUUGAAUUAAUGAGGCCAGGUGAUGGAGGAAAAGCAGAACUGGAGCCAAGUCUCUCGCCUGCAGUUUACUGGAGACCCGGUGUGCUUCUUAUUUAAAUUGCUGCCCUUGAUCUCGCUGAUCACCAGGCUAUAGGCUACUUAAUUAAAACUAACAAGCAGUGCAUUAACACCCCGCCGGCACGCUGACACUGUCAACCAGGUUAUAAGUAAGCAGCACCCCGGGGAGAUGGGAGCAGGAAUCCAGAUGCAGGUGAAGCGGAGAGUUGAUUUAAAAUGCCAGAAAGAAAGAUGGCAGCUUUGUGCGCCGUGAUUGAAGGCAUUUCUCACUGUUAAAGGAGAGUGUGUGUGUGUUAUAUGUAUGUGUGUGUGGGGGGGUCUGUGUGCAGAAUAAAAGGCAACAUACCCGCCAAGGAAGGCCAGCCUCGAGCUUUAUAGACGGACGCUUUUGAUCAGAAAGGCCGGUUCAUCUUUACCUUCUCGUUGACGCUGUCAGUGGAGGUUUGUGAUGCCGACUCUCUGUAGAGACAGAAAAUAAGGUGGAAGGAAAAUAGAGCAAGUGACCCAAGUUGACGAUUUUAUUUUAUUUUUUUUUAACCAAACUUAGUCCUUGAUCUUCAAUAUUCUGUUUUAUCCACAAAGUAGACAAGUGUUCACAUGAUGAAUAGAUCCAAAAGUUGUACAUUGAUUCAAACGGCAGCUUUGAAGUGACCUCCAUUUACUGCAGCGCAAUUGUUCAAAUCAAAGUGCAUCUACUGAAAGUUUCUGAUUGAUGUUUAAUAUAUUAAUCUAUUUCAUUCCACAUAAAUCUUUUAGACCAACUUGUCAGUCCCUAUGGUGGGUAUUUUUGAGCUGCAAAUCUUGCAAUCUGUAACAUCUGAGUUUAAAACAAAAUAACAUUUUCCUAAUAUACGUAACAUCGCAAAGUGUACACCCAUGUAUUCUUGACUGCAUUCAUGCACUUUUCAAGGUUGAACUCCAGUCCUGAGACUCAAGUAUUAACGUAGUUGUUCAGCUUUGACUCCUGUUGGAGGAAUGAAAGUAACUCUACUUUGUCCAACACUACCAAUAAGACAAGAUCAAAUCAGUGAUGAAUUGUACCUAAGUAUAUUUUAAUUCCAAGUAUUCCUUUUUUAUACUUUAAGUUUCUACUCCACCUCAUUUAAAGGUAAACAACUAGUUUUAGUUAGUUGGUGGCCAAAACUUGGCCUCAGCAGAUUCAAAUGAUCAAAUGCUUUUAUAUCAAUAUUUGGGAAUUGUUUGGAUGUCUUUGAGUUUAUUGCUAUGAAUAUAACAGCAGUAACUUGAUAUUCAAAUAGACUAAUCCUAAACUUUGGUGGCAGAGCGUAUUCUUUUCUCAAUUUACUUACAGUUAAUCAACACAGGGUGUAUUUGAAUGAUUGUGUGAACUUUUAGAGCGGGUCAAACUCUGAUGUUGGUAACCACUUGUAAAUCUGCUGUCAUAAACUGUAGCCAGAAUUAAAUCAAAAUGAGUCACUUAAUGAGGACUUAACUUUUAAUACCUCUAAUAAUGAUAAUGUUUUUGUAACCUAAAUAAAGAUGUGGACGCCCAUAAUUACUGAACUUUUGCCUCCAAUCAAGUGUUUUUUCUCCUUGUGAGGAGUGAGAACGACUAUUUCCCCGAGUACUCAUUACUCUUCAGUAAAGUAACGAGUAAUCUGUCUCCGUCAGAGUGAAGACCCCCUCCCCUGUGUUUGUGAAUGACUUUGUGACGACCUCUGUUGCAAAUGCCCCCCCUCCUCAUUCGCAGAAAAUGGAAAUGGCUUAGCACUAUCACCGUUGCCCUGGCAACCAUCUGAGUCCCCCAUCUCGCGGUGGAGAAAUGAGUUCUGAACGGGCUCGAGAGAGGCAGGGAUUAAACAUGAUCCCGCGGACGGACUGUCAAUCAAACGCACCACUCUCCAACCUCCUUGCAUUUACAAAAAUGAAGUAAAAUUACACUUUAAAACCCAAAACGGUGCGUUUCAUUUUGAUGAAUCUGUUAGAAAAUAAAAGAAGUGAAGCUGAUAAUGAAUUUGGCCUUUUUGUGAGCAAUUAAAGCAGGGAACUCUCCUGGUUUUAAAAACAAAUCUGUUAUCCUGCAGAGGAUUUAGUGCUGGUCGUUAUAUUCCAAUGCCAAGAGGCGAUGGAUUAAUUUAAUUAGCCUGGUGAAGAUUAAUGACAAUGCAUAGGCCGCUCUGUAGAUAAGCUGUGCACUGUUAACAAGGAAGUGUUAUUUUCAACACCAGAGUGUGUCUAAUUUGGGAAACUUGUGGUUGAAGUCAAACCCUCCUAAAAUUCCUCUAUACAGGAGAAUUUACAGCUGCGGUUUUGCAUUCGUUUUAGAAGACUGAGAUUAAUCAGAGGGAGGGGGAUCAGAGGCGCUGUGCUGGAGCAUCACACUGAUGACUCUUUCUAAAACGGAGAAUCGUGAUUAUUGAUUUUCAUUAUCUGUGUGUGAAAAGAAACCAAAACAGGCUGAUUUAUGUUUGGAUCUUCACCAUAUCAGUGGUCUGUCUUUAAUGUUGCAGGUGUUUUUCCAUCCACGUUGGAACUGUUAGAUUUUGUUGAAUCUGUUAUGAUACUCAGAUGAAAACUAGACCCUUUUGAGUGCAUCAGUUUCACACGUUAUAUUAGAGCCCUUGUCAAAGUCUGAGCAAAUGAUUCAUAGUCAUUUAAAUGGAGACUUGGUGUGUCAAUCAUAGAUUAAAAUCUGCUGAUUGAAAACUUUGAAGUGAUUCCAACAUGCAAAAUUGCAGAAAUGUAGACGCAACAUGUUUUUAAAAGUAUCCCAAGCAAUCUCUUUAGAGGGCCAAACCUAAAUGUUUACUUUAUGUAGUGUUUAUCAGAGGCAAUCCUUAAAAGCACAGUGAGGAGAAAUAUGAUAGCAGUGUCUAGCAAACACAUUAUGGAUUGAAAUGUUCCCUCACUCACCCUUACUGCUUUUGAAGCAACGGUGGCCUUCAAAGACAAGAAGCAUGACAAGUGUGAUCCUCUAUUUGUCAAGUUUUUACCAUUAAAAGAACAAUAUGCUGAUCUAAAACCUGCAUAUGUUUUGCUGCAUCAUGCUGCCAUGAACACAUACAGCCCCUUACAUUACAGAUGCCGCUUGUCUUAUGUUCGGACAAGGCAAGCACUAAAAUAACUUUGGUAGAUGUGGUCAUCUUGUUUCCGCCUCCGAUUUUGCUUUUUUCUGACUUGGGAACUGAAACACUGGUAACUCGGGUGUGACGUCAUUUUCAGUUCUUCCGAGUUAACUCAAACUAAGCAUUACAGAAAGUCAGGUGGUCUCUCUCUUUUUCUGGGAGCAAAAAACUUUGUGUCCGUGAUGUCCGAAAAAGAAUCUGCUUCUUUAAUGGGCUUGAGCUUUAUGAAGUCAUUGGCAUCUUUGAAUCAUGUCUAUGUAUGGCCUCCUGGUGCAUGGUACAUUUUUAUCGUUGAUGCACUGACAUGCUGUGUUUGCAUACAGUGGUUUGUAGAGGUGAUUUUGAGCCCAUGCAGUAAUUUCCACUACAGACUCAUGUCUGAUUUCAAUGCUGUACCGAUUGUGGGCUUUAAGAACACAGCCUACCAAUACUGUUUUUGGCAUUUUCCUUUUUUGCUGAAUCUUUUUUGGAUGAUGACGUCUGCAAAUUGUUUUGCAAUUUCACAUAAAUGGACGUUAUUCUGAAAUUGUUUGCACGUGCAGUCUCUCAAUGAGAGCAACCUUUUCUCAUCUUUACUUCUGAGAGACUCAACCUCUCCAAACUGCCUUUUUUUAAAAAAAUUUUUAUUAUACUCCGUCAUGUUAGUGGCCUGUUGCUAAUUUGUUCCUCUUGUUUGUUUUUUAAGCAUGACUUUUUAAGUGAUUUGUUGUUCUUGCUCCAACUUUUUUGAACUGCCGCUGGCGUCAGAUCAAACUAAAAUUGAAAUAUGCCUGAAUCUGGGCUUCUUUUUUUAGUUAACAGUGCUGAAAACUUUGAGUCUGAGCUUUGAUAGAUGACUGAUAAGACAAACAUGAUAAAUAAUUGUAUACAGACCUGUCUCUUUAUUGGACAAAAUUGAGCCCAAAGAGUUUUCUUUUAAAAUAGAAGCUCCAAUUUGUCUUUACGUCUAUUUUUAGCAUACAUGAAAAGUUUCUUAAAUCUAAAAUAAAGAAUUAAUUCCUGCUCCUGCAGAAGUAAUCAGAUUGCUGUAAUACAUUCCUGGUGCCAGCCUAGCAGAGACUCCUCAGAGCAUGAGGAGGAAAAGGAGGAGGAGGAGGAGGGUGGGGAGCAGUGGGUGAGACCCCUGUGCAAUUUGAUAUUUGCCUCUUUGACAGUCAUUUAAAGGGGAUCUGGAGAACCCGAUAGCCGGGGACUUACACCCCCUCCAAAGGCUUUCGGGACACUUUAGCCCAGCUCGGCUCGGCCCUGCAGCGCCAGUGAGUCGCCAGGCAGGGUGUAAACGUUAAAUGUUGCCUAUUUGUUCCGUGGAUUGGGAGGAAAAUCAAGUUACUCUUUCAUUCAUUCUUUUUUCUUCCUCCUCCCACUCCCUUUUCUCCUCCUCUUCUUUCUCACUAACACUCAUUGACUAAAGCAGCUUGAGAGACCCAAUAAGAAAUUUAAGGUGAGCGAGAAGUUGAAAGAGGGAAAUAUUUUGUAACAGCUCAGACUGUGUAGACAAAGAGUCCUGAUGCAGUGGAAUAGGAGGUUAUCUGCUAGCUUGCGGUUCCUUAUCAGUGGAUAAAUAUUUGUAUAUCAUGGCCGACCGAGGGGGGCUCUGCAAAACCCUCUGACGUGUUGUUGUGAUUGUUGCAACACAGGUGAUCUACACUGAGAUAGAGCUACUGUAUGCAUGCGCAGCUGCGGCGCGGGGGGGCCGAGAAACGCCUCCCGCAAAGCCAAUUUUUCAAUUAUGAGGUUAAAAGAGUGUGUGUUUUUAAUAAAAGGCGGCUCAUUAAAGAGGGACUACAUUCUCCAGCAGAUAACAGGCAGGUCGCUUUGUGAGGGUGUCUCCUGGGAGGACUCCUGACUGGAUGUUUGUCCCCAGCCUCGCAUCUCAUUAUGAGCUCAUCUCCACGUCUCUAUCUGCAGCAUCAGGGCCGCAGCAUCAGCCUCCCCUGGAUGUGACAAAAGAUUAAGAUUUUCUUUCAUAGAGAGAGAAAAUCAGGCUAUUUUGAGUCACCCCCCGCCCCCUUUUUUUUUUUUUUUUAAACAACAACCAAUGUGAUCUGGUCUUUCAUAUGAAACCCUUGCUGGACUCCCAGUUGGCCCACCCAGUCCAGGAUUAUUCUGCUCAGCCAGGGAGGAGAAGGAGGAGGAUGAUGAAGAGGAGGGAGGGCUUGCCUGGUUACCCAGCCGCCUGUCUGUAAGUGUCCAUCCCCGGUUUGUUUGACAUGGCACUGUCCCUGGAUAUAAAACCGAUAAACAUCUGGUGGUGCUGCCAGGACAUUGGAAAAUGAGGGAUUGGUGGGGGGGUAGAAGAGGGGGCAGUGAAAGAGGAAACAGAAAAUCAUAAUGAGAAGGAAGAUGGGCAGAAAGGGAGAGAGAGAGAGAAAGAGAGAGAGAUGCUGAUCAGCUAAUUACAGCUGCAAAUAAAAUGCAAAUUUAUCCUGGCACGGUGAGCACGCCCAAGUUUAAACACAGCACCGUCCAAAAACUCCGAGCUGCACGGGCACGCUGCCAGUGACGACUUCCAAACAAAGACUCAUUAUCCAAUAAUAAUAAUAACCUCUAUAUUAUUAUUAUUGUUAUUAAUACUAACAGAAGAGAGGGGACACAGGGGAUUCUCUUAGAGAUCUGCUCAGAUGACAAACUUAAAAAUCCAUAGAUUCCUGAAGUGUUCUCAGAUUUCCACUUUAUUCCCAGAAUUCCAACUUUAAACUCUAGUCUCCAAUUUCUCUUAUCUUUUCAAAUUUUGACCUCUUGGUUAUUUUGGGGUUACUUUUAGAUUGGGAUACUUUUAAAGGAAGAGUGGGUAGUAAAUAGCAGUAUUUUUCAAAACAGUCUAGGUAGAGUUUGAGUGUGAUAUUACUUAAAUAUGUUUUAGUUAGCGUAUAAUCAUCCGAUUGUAAACAUGUUUUUUUGUUUACUUUAAUUAAGUCUUUUGGACCCUUUAAGGCCACCAUCUUCCAUCAAUGUGAUUCUACAGUAACACAGAAUGGACAAACUACGAGUAACAUAAUAAAUGUGUUUUUGUAUGUAGAAAGAGUGUUGCAUCUAUUAUUACAAAUUAUUUUUACACAUAAUUAGUAUUAAUAGUGAUGGUUAACGCUUGAUAAAUGGAAGAUAAUACAGAUCAUGCUUCAAAGGGGAUUCUUGGCCCUUGGAGGCCACCGUCACUUCACCAUCAGGAGGAGUGAGUAAGGGGGCAUUUAAACUAUAAUCUGACGACUUGAUAUACAUCCUCAUUUCUACACACUGUACCUUUAAACAUCUAAAGUAGGAAAUUCAGAUAUCAAUCCUAAAUUUCUGGCUUAUUAUCCAAAAUUUCGUCUUUUGACUUUGAUUUUGUCAUCUAGUCCAGAAUACUCUACUCUCUGAUUUUAUUACUUGUAUCACUUGGUUAUUUUUGGUCAUACUUUGGAUUUUUUUAGAUCACUUCUUGACUUAAUAAUUUUGAUUUAUUUAAAAAAAUGUUCCAGCUCUAAACCUAAAUAUUCAGUUCCAUCCCCAAUCCCGAAAAUGAAGAUUAGCUUCAUCACCAGGAUUCAGACUUUCAAAUCAGAAUCUGUGUUAGGUUUAUAAUUCAGACUUUAAUCUCAAGUUUACCAAAUCAAUCUCUGAAUUCUGACUUUAGUUUAAACUUUUUGAUGUAAAAGUAAAUUCAUUGUUUUUACUUUAUAAUUUUCUUCUCUGAGAUUAUGCAAAAUCAAAAAUAGAUCUCAGAUCAAUGGUUUAGAUUCAGGUGUUUUACUUGAAUCAUAGAAUAUUGUCUUUUUUCAUUACACAAAAAAAUAUUGGCAAAGAAAUGAGAAUAAAAUGAAAAUUCUCAGAUUAAAGUCAGAAAUCUGGGAUUAAAGCUUCUUCAAAUAGCAUCCUAGUGGCUGUCAUACUACCAGGCGACAGCCCCCUCCACUCCUUCCCUUGGAAGAAAAAAAAAAAAAAAAGAUGGCACAUUUCCCAACAACAGUGACACCACCAUGCACAUGCUGCUCCACAUCCACAAUCCAACAAUUACAGUUCCCCACACUGUAGCCUCUAUUUACGCAGCAGGAGGGGGUGGAGUGAUGGUGAUGGUAGUGGUGGCGGGGGCUGCAUGUCUUCCCCAUCUUAUGUAGUGAUUAAUGAUACACCACCUCCCAAAGAUUAAUCAUGGAAAAUUAAAAAACUUGGAGGUGCAGCAUGAGGACUGCAGUAGAUCAGGUGGGCUUGAGGAUGGGGAUGAGGGGAGUGGGGUGGAGGGUGGGUGAAAACGAAUUAGCUUCAUCGAAUCUUUUUAGAUGCAAAUAUUUUGUUAUCUCCACUUUGCUGCACUGUUUUCAGUGUUUAUGAUUAAUUAUCUCUUCUUGGUGAAAAAUAAAUCAUGCGAAAUUAGGAUCUAGCUGACUCCACCGGCGUAAGCAGAGAUGGCAGGUCGAUGCUGUUAAUUUCAGGUUGAAAUUGACACACUAAUUAUAGUGCAGAGUGCUGCUGGAACACUAGCAGGCAAGAUUAUACCUCUGUGCUUCUAUUUUUUCUUUUUUUUUUAUCAGAUCCCCCUUAUAUUUUACCAAUUAAAAAUCGUAAAGGCAUUUCAUUGCCCCGGGAUAAAAAAAGGCUGCCUCUCUCCUAACAUGGCCAUCACUUUCCCCCAUCAGAUUCAUUGUGAUGUAUUAGAUGCAAUAAAUUAUCCCAUGUAACAAAACAUGGCGAGCUGAAAGGCUGAUAAUCUGCAGAGGGGAGAUAAGGAUUCAUUAUUCCAAAUCAUUAUGAAUCCAGCGUUGGCUGUGACUUCUUUCUUAAUCAGCUUCUGUGAUCCUGGAUACGUGAAGGGAGCAGAUAAGAGCAGAGUCGUUUAUAAUUCUCCCCACCUCGGCCUAAUAUUUUAAAAUAAAAUCGCAGGGAGAAGCCGGCGUGAAGGGAGGAAAAGGAGAAAAAAAGAAAAACACACACAUUGGCUUAACGUUUGGAGGGUUGCACAGGACGAGAAUAAUAAAACACAUUGAGGGAAAUAAAUAAGUAAAUAGAUAAUGCGUGGCCCAUACAUUUUUGGAGGUGUUUGUCUCAAAUUAAGGUCAUCUUAUUCGACAUUUACAGCGGAGAAUCGUGUAGGCAGGGGACAAAGAGAGAGAUAUAUACUGCAGCGUUUAUUUCACAUUUGGAGUGGGAAGUGUCUAAUAAAAUUUAGGAGACACCGGGAGGGUAUAAAAGCGGCUGACCGUAAAUGAUUUCCUCCGUUUAUGCACUAACGGUGCAGAAAAGCCACGGUGCAGCAGAUAAAGAAAAGCGCCGCUUCCACUGGAUGCUGCGCGAUUCGAAACUGCAAAAUUAACCCCUUCGCUAAAAAAUGCUGCAGUGUUUAAUCAGGACGUAAAGGUGACAUUGUGACGCCUCAGUCUGAGAUUAUAAAUAUCAGCGAGGGCCAGUGUGCGCACGCAGGCUCUGCUUGUUGUUACAGGGCCCGUGCAGUGUGUGCAGCGUGGAGUGCACCGGAGGGUUUUGCGCUUAGCUUGUUGUCAGACUCUGCUGUCACGCGGGAGCUCGCGUCAAAUUCUACAUUAAUCAGAGGGGGGAGCGUGACUUUGGACUUCGAGUCUGGUUCUGGAAACUCAAAAAAAAUGAGAGCGUCCCUUUUUAAUGCGCUACAGUGUAAGGUAAACGGCAUCCCAGCCCCUUUUUCACUCUCCAUUUAGAAUUAAUUACGCACUGACUGCACAAAAUCGCACCCCUCCUCUUCCAAAAAUGCGCAUCCCCUUUUUCAAAAUUCACAUUUAUUUCCCCUUCUUAUUUAAUUGUAUCGCGACUAAACAAGACGAAAUUGAUUCUGGUUAUUUCCCCUCAUAAUUAAUCUUUUUAUAACACCUAUAAUAUGCUUUAAUUAUCUGCUUCUUUUUCAUCAAUAUGCACAUUUAUCAAAUCCACCUUUACAUUGAAAUCUGCACUAAAAUAAGCACUUAAUUUAAACGCAGAUUAAUAAAUCAUUACUAUCAGGGUGUGUUAUUUACUAAUUCUACUAAUUCCAUAAAUGCAAAGCUCUCCCGUGGAAACACUGAAUAAUUCAUCGGUUUUUAAAAAGACACAUUCGGUCGUAUAUGCUGGCAUUCCUAUGUUAUCUUUAAUGUAUUACCUUAAUUGAAUUUCUCCCCCCCAAAAGAUAGAUUUGGGUGUGAUCAGUUUACAUUCUCCUUCGAAGAGUCAACGCGCAACACCAGAGAUAGCAAAGCCUCCAGCAUCCUCCCUCUCUUCCUCUCCUCCUCUUCCUCUCCUCAGUGCAUUUCACACAGAGAAGGAUCGGAUUUGCUUGGUGCUCCUUUCAAUGAACCGUGGUGUCAAUACGCAGGGCUAGCAGGCCUCUCUAUAUGCUCCGGGUUAGUGCGAGAUGCAUGUGCCUCUGCUAAAAGAAAUACAUAAAAUAGAAACCAAGCCAGGGCCACAAUGCACGCAGCUCCAAUCUCACAUUAGCAUAUCGAUACGGAAAGAUUUGAGAUUCUGUUUGCUUACACAUUGUUCAAAUGGAGCUCUAAUUGCUGUGGAGUUUGGCGCGGAUCUCCUGUGUUGAUUAGACACCCGAGCUAUAGCUGUACGGCUUCAUCUGUCCUUUUGUGGCAGAGGAGAGAAAGAGGCUCCUCUUUCCCAGCGACAAAAGGAGGUGCAACAUUUUGUGUGUCACGCAGAGAUGUUGUAUUCUGCGCUGCAAUAUCUGCGCCAUUCUUACAGGGGGUGGAUAUAUAGAUAAUACACUUACACAACAUACUGAAAAUCUGCAUUACAUGAGUAGAGAAUUAACCACGUUUAGCCCAUAAAUGUCCUGACAUGAACCAGUGAGGCGCACUUUGUGAUUUCAAACGAUGUAAAAAAGUAUUUCUUAUACAGAAAGGUGGACUCUACUUGGCCUUAAGCUGUGGCUGUUAUCUGUACUGGUCAGGUGAUUUUUUUAAACAAUUAAGCAUAGGAUAAAAAUUUUAAAAAACUAUAUAGUAACAUAAAUUUAUUUCAAAUGAAAAACUGUGAGAAAUAGGUGUAGAAAUACAGGGGAGACCAGGUUUGGCUGUAGCAAGUGGGAGGGAUGUGACGCCACCAACUCCACCAAUUAAGGAUAACAUAAGGAGUCACAUGAUCAUUUCAGCAUUUAUCCAUGGCGAUAUUUAGGUGCAUGUAUUGUUUGUUUUACAGAUAUAAACAUUGUAAGUGAUGAAAAUCUAUUUUUUUCAUUCUAUAUGCUACCUAUAGUAUUGCAAAUAAAAUCACGUCUUAUAUCAGGCCUCGAUAAAACACGGUCUCUCUGGCAAAAUGUGACACUAUGCUGAUACAGCAAGCUCAAGACAGGCUAACAGGGCUGUGUGGGGUGUAACACAUCUUAGAAAUGUGUUACAAAUAUCCUAUUACGGAACAUUAAUAACAUUUUAUUGAGCUACAUAAUUUCGAAGGAUGCGGUUACGGAAAUAACAAUGUUUAUUUUGAUCUUGAAAUAAGACCCAUGUGUCAUGUGUUGUCAUGGAAGAGGCAAGGUUUUUGUCCUGUACUGCAGCAAGUCACCAGGGGGAGCUCUAAAUAUUUUCAACUUUAACUUUCAACUUUCGGAAGCUUUUAUGGUAUCUUUUUUUUGAUUUUUCGUCUAUAUUACUUACCCAGACGGUAAAUUGGCUACUGUAUACUACUUUGGUCCAAGGUUCAAUGGCUAAGCUACCAUGCUCUCUAGGCCAAAUAUAGACCUAAAUAUUUAUCUACAAAGCUAAAUACCUAAACAGUUGGUUAUUAGAUUGUAUCUACAAAAUAUUCUUUAUGCAAGUUAUUUUUUUGUAGCCUAAUAAAUAAACUCUUUUGGACAGAGAUAGUCUUUGCCCUGGAUUAAUUUCUAAAUUUCAAUACACCUCCUCUAGGGGUAUAUCCCAUAGUGUUGCCUCUGAUUAACUUCUUUUUCCUUAUUGCUACUAUUUACCCCAGCAUAUAGGUUUUAAUAAUGGACCACCAUGUGUUCAACAUCGACUCCUGUGGUCUAUGAUAUUAUAAAAAGAUACUGUACGUGUGCUGUUAAAAAUCUGUAUAACUGUGAGGACUCUAACUAAAAAUAUCAGUGUGUUACAGGUGCUGAAGGAAAGUGUUACAACCAUACCCAGUCUCCCCUACUUGGCCAUGAGCUAUGGGCGUUUCCAGUUAUUUUAGGCUGUUCUGUACCUAGUACAAAAAUAAAAAUAAAGCUAAAAAAAUAUUAACUGCAGUUUAAUUUUUCAUGAAAAACUCGUGUUAUUGAAUGUUAAAAACAAAAUAAUAAAUAAAUGAUACCCACCAUAUAGAUUGAAACCCUCUCAUUUGUUGUGGCUGUCUUGUUUUGGUUUUGAUUUGGUUUCUAUUAGGCUACUCUGGCAUGUGAUGCUUUAGACCCGGAAGCUAGCUGGCGUGCACUGUACAGUAAGUACGGUAAAGGAGGCCGCCUUUUGGUUGGCCCGUAUGCGCGUGCAGCCUGCCCGGUAGCCUAUAUGAGAGCACGCGUGUUUUUCCUCGUUAUAUGACGCUCUGACUCCGGGACCGAGGGCGCGCGCACCACCAGCACCGCUUCAACCACUAUUGGAGAGUGUUUUUUUUUUUUCUUCUCUCUUCUCUCUCUUCCCCCGUCCACAGCUCUCACUCUCGCCCUCUCUUUCUUUCUUUCUCUCACUCUAAAUGCCAUCGGCGCUGCCAUCUCUAUGUCACUCUUUUCUUCACAUCCGCAGGAAAAAAACCGCCUCCAUCAUCCGUCCAGCGUCCACAACUACAGGUCAGUAAAUAUUUAGAUUCGCUCUGAAGCUGGUGCAUCCUAAAAUACGCUCCGUCCAAUCGGCUGCCUCUUCUCUUUCAGUGGCUUUUGUAUUGAUAUGAGAGCUCACUGAUGUUGCUCGUUUUAUGAAUGAUGGGGGAAACUUUUGUGAACGGGGUCUGUACGUUAGUUUGGUUUAAAAAUAAAUAAAUAAACGAAGGAAACGAAAAAAACCCGCUUUCUAACGAAGCUGUCUGGUCACAUCUAUUUGUGCUCCUGUCCACUGUGUACGGCUGUGUGCACUUGCUUGAAGAAGGGGGGCUGUAGUGUUGAUAACACCGGUUAUAACACCCAUGACGUCCGCCAUUGUUGCCGUUAACGUCGUCUCGAGCUGCUGGUUUUUGUUGCUACAUUCUUUUAGCUAAUUGAAGCGUAACUAGCUUUGCUGAAAAUAUAAUUAGCGCCGAUUUUCCCAAUCGUUUUCACAACUGUCAGGCUCGUUUCAAGAUUGACAUGUAAAACGCAUCAAUUCCUAAAAUAUUUAGCCACCUACCUCAAACCGAGACCCCCCCAAAUAGCGCAGAUGAGGGUUUUAACGACCUAUUACCUCGCGAGCAGGUUGGUGGUAUAGGCAGAAUCUCAUACAAGCCGUGAAAUUGAUCUGAUUACCUUGCCGGCGGGUCGUAAAAAAGGAGUCAAGCUUGCUGAAGCUGCGCUUUCCCUCCGUUAUUAGCUCCCUCCAUCUCGCCUUUUGGUCGAUACGUCUUGAUAUGGCGGAGAAAGAGAAUGAAUUGAAUGCCAAAUUAAAGGCGUCUCACGCGCACGAGUGUCACAGGCCAAGAACUCUAACGGUUUAGAACGCGAGAGAUAGAACGUGCACAUUUGAAUUUGAGCACAACCGUUAUUUUUUUAAAAAUAACGGUUUGCCUUUCAAAAAUCAACAAAAAACGUCACUACGUUCUAAAAAAAAUAAUUAGCUUCUCUUCAUAAAAUGUUAUUAAUCGUUUAAACCGAGAUGAAAAGCCACGUAGUCCGUCUGUACCGAGACAAAGACGCCACACUAUAGGUGCUGUGGUUUCAUUUGAAUCUUCUCUCAGUGUCAAUUUUGAUGUUAAGGGAGUUGCCUCACAUAUUUAAAUUAAUACUUUUGUUCAAAGAAUUACGUCCGAUUGAGCAGAUAAAGCUAAUUUUAGCGUCCAAACAAGCAUUAAUAAUAUAAAAAUACAAACGACUCUCUUGCUGUUGGGGUUGCAGAGGCCCUGCAUGUGCUUUAAAUCAGAGAUUACAUCAGUGCGUCUGGCGAGCUGCGAUAUAGACGCAGAUAAGCAUCAGAAGAAGUCAGAAAAUUGGCAGACCAUUUUGUUUUCCCUUUUCGAUGGGAGGAAUGACACAAAUUAGCCUGAGGAGAGCUACUUUUUUCACACUCAAAGAAAUGAAAAGGUGAUUUAUGUUUGUACUCUCAUUCUAGGAAAUCCAUUUAGGCUUUUUUUGAAGAGUUUCACGCACAGAAUUUGACGCCCUCGUUUGGUUCUAAGAAGCCGAGUGUGUUCACAUGCUGACAAAUAGUUUUUCUUUUUCUUGAAAAGACUAGAAAGGUAGACGGAUGACUCAAAACUGCUUUAGAAGUGUGACAUAUAAGCUAGCUACCAGUUUCAAAAUGUAGCCGAGGAAUGAGCGUUUACCAUGUACAAAGGUAUAUCACAAUUACACAUCACAUCGUAAUGCCUGCUGGAUUAAGUUGCAUUUUUAAUCAGUGACCUAGCUUAUCCGUGAGCUAUUGAACAACCGUGUCUGUUCUCGCCUUUUCCUCUGGUAUUGUGUUUUGAUUAUUUUAUUCAGACGUUAAAGUGAAGGGUUAACAGGUCGUGGCAAUUUUGUAAGGUUCAUUAAGACACCAGCAUUAAAAAAAAGUCUGAGUGGAAUUAAAAUAAUGCAAAGAGGUCUUUGAUUAUUUUUUAAAAUGUGUCUUUUUAAAAUAAAAUUUGAGUUUUUUUUUACGUUAAAAAUAUACAAAAAUAAUAAGGCUAUUGUUAUCAUUAGUAUCAUUAUUAGUGCCACAAUUAAUACUGUUGGUGUAACAGUGUGGAAGGUGAUAAAUAACUAUUCUAAUGCAUUAUUAUUGUUGUGUGAUUAUAUCUCGUUGACCUUUAAUUAAUCAGAUGAAGAAAGGAAAUCAUAAAUGAUGGUGGGAAACGAUGUCUAUUAUUGAUGAUGCAUUCAAACACAGGAAGCCAAGGUACACUUAAACUAAACACACACACUCACGCACACACACACACACACACAAUCUCGCCUUCUCUCACACACAAGUACAAAGAGACGUUAUCUGAAGCAUUUCAUCCCCCACACACACUGGCAGUGGAAUAAUCCGUUCGUGUCUUAAAUUCUCAGCCGCGGUGUAGGAGAAGAAACUGUGCCAUGUCGUGAUUUUAAUCAAAGCUGGCUGACAUAAUCACUCAGAAAUUAUCUCUGCCAUCACAAGCCGGACUGGCCCCCUCGCCUGCUUUUAUGAAUCAACCUUUACGCACAAACGCGGCGCUGCUAUUUGUAGGCCAUUAACUUCAAAAAUAGACCCAGACUCUCUCUCUCUCUCUUUCUCUCUCACACACACAGACAGACACAAGGAGAGGGAAAGAAAGCUGAAGCCACCGUUUUCUCCCUCCGUGGAGACAGUUUUCAGGAUUAUAAAUGACAACUUUUUAAGAGAGCCAGCCUUAUUCCUCGCUGAAUAAGCUCCGGCGUUAUUGACACCAAGGCUUGGGGAAUCAAGUCAUGGGACGGCUUCCAUGUCCCAUUCUCUAAGCUUCGAUACAUCCAGUCAAGAAACAAAAAAACAUAAUCGGGAUUUUAGGCUACAUUUACCGUCAUGUGUUUGCCUCUGAGCACCUAUAACGGGGACUUUGUGGAUAAUGGCCUCCGCGAUACUUUUCAAGAGGAUAAUUACACGAGUCCGCUGACAGCUUGACAAUGGCAGCUACAGCAGUUUGCAUCCAAGUUCAGUCUCAGGUUUGCCUGCCUCUCUCUCUCUCCCCCCCUCUCUCCCAUUCUCCCUCUCCCUCUCUCUUUCCAGGUGUAGGGCUAUCCUGGAGAGGAAAAAAUAGCACGCUUUGCCAAGACUCUCUCUGUCUGUCUGUGCUCUCCAUGCGCAAUAGACACAACCACACAAUCAAACAGGGAUGAAUGAAUCAGGGUUUCGACUAAUAAUUAAGUGAUUACCUGCAGGUCACAAUCAUAAAGAUAUUGAUACUCUAUGUCAUGCAUUAUUUUUCAUUUUAGCUUUUAAUUCAUCCCUCAUUAGACCGACCCUACCUGGUAUUAGACGGUGACACAACAAUGCUGAUACCUACGCGGUGCAAAGGGAAGGGCGUGCGCGCUCACGCUGGCAAAUACGCACAUGCAGCCGAGAGAGGGUUUAUUUCCUGACUGUUUACACCACGUGACGUCACAUCCAGCGUCGUCGCCAAGGCUGCCCCCACCACACACACACACACACACACACACACACACACAGGAACAUAUUCUACUAUUACAUACUCCAAAUCUGGAAAGGAGAAGGCAAACUGAGCGUCUUUGGACAUGAAAUAGUUCCCCAAGGAGACGCCCCUCAUUUCUCCACCCGUGGCUCUGAACAUACAGGGUGAAGUCCUCUGUGAUGUGAGGGGAAAAGGUCGCCCUUUUAAGUGCUUUUAUGUUUAACUCGCAAAUAAAAAAGAUGGAAAUCGAAAGGGGGUUAAAUCACUCCCUACGCGCGCUAUCCUCUUACAUUUAAUGCACUGUUUUGAAUAAAUAAUGACAUGGCGCAUUGUUGCUUGUCUGUCUGACUUGCUCCAAGGUUACAGCACGGUUACUGGUGACUUAACUGACAGCCCAUAAUAGUAUACAUUAGGGUUUUUUUUCUUCUUUUUUUGAUAUAUGUAUUUUCUCUGAGACUUUAAGCUGCUGCGUCCUUGCCUCACUGUGAGGAGAACUGCGCUCAGUUAUUUAUUUUUUUUGGAUGGUGCCAUUAGAAUAAUGUGGCUGUCACCGCGAGAGGACGCACUGUCACAAUUUUAAGAGCAUGUCCCGCAACCUGCCUUUGGCCCCCGAGCAACAGGCUCAGCAAGGCUGCGGCUGUGCAUGAAGGAGCAGCAGCAGAAGUGCGGAGUUUCAUCUAAAGUUUGACAUUUUUGUAGGGGCUUUUAUGUGUUUAAAAAACAACCAAAUAUCAGUUUUUUUAAAUAGAUGUAUUUUAUUUUAAUUCCUGUUAAUUUUCAAUGUGUUUUAAUAACUUCCUAUUGCACCAACUCUACUCUUCUCAUGCGUAAUUUCAGUGAAAAUUUUUAUCAGGCCUAUUAAAAAGAAAUAUCCUCAUUUUAAUAACAUCUUUUUUGGCAAGGUCAUUGAAAAAAAAACUCUUGCAGCACUCACUUCUGCAUCUCUCCUUGGCCCCAUGUUAUAUUCAAUUAGGGCAGGCCCCUCCCCUUAACUGAUGACACUGACAGACCCUCCUUAAGUUGCGUCGCGCCACAGCUGUCUGCAAGCAUUGAGCUGCCUGGCGCCAUCCUGAAAGAAUGCCUUCACUGUAAAAAAAGAGAGGGGAGCUAGAGUGAGAGAGAGCGAGUGAGCGAGAGAGAAAGAGAGAGAGAGGUAGAGGUAGAGCAAGGGUGAGCGAGCACGAGCCACACAGACGAAAGAGAGAGAGAGGGGAGAGUUAAUGGAGAGAGGCUACAACAGCGCACAAACACAGAUUUGAUCAGUGAGUUUAACUUGCUGCUGCUGCUGGUCAGAGUGCGGUGAAGCCCCUCUGCGCUGGUGCAAAUCUGCGCUCUACUUGUUGAGCUGAAACUGAAUAUUUUUCAAAGAGGAAGAAGUUCAGGAACUCUGCGUGGGACUGGAUUCCGUUUUUGGACGUAUUUAUUUUGUAGCAUUUGUAAUGUGGGGUAUGUUUCGUCUUUAAUUUUCCUUUUAUUUUAAAGGGGUGAAUUGACUGAAGCGUGUCUGUUUUUUUUUAAAGUCGUGGUGCAUGUGAGACAAAAUUGAGAAAAACAAGACAUUAAAUUCUCCUCUCUGUCUCCAGGUUGAUCGGAAGCACGCGCGGAACCUGUGGAUUUAACAAAAAUAAAGGGAUUUUGGACUGAUUCUUUCUCAUCUUGUGACUUGUACCGCUUUGCAUGAACACUUACUGAAGACAAAAAAAGCGCAAACACAUUUAAAAAAGCAUGGAAGUAAGUGCGGAUCAGCCACGGUGGAUGAGCCAUCAUCCCGCGGUGUUGAACGAGCAGCAUACCGGCUCACAUCACCCGGGCCUCGGCCACUCUUACAUGGACCCUUCGCAGUAUCCUCUCGCUGACGAUGUGGAUGUACUCUUUAAUAUCGAUGGACAGGGGAACCACGUCUCUCCGUACUAUGGAAACCCAGUCCGAGCCGUCCAGAGGUACCCUCCUCCCCCUCACAGUAAGUACAAACGGCCUCUUUAGGCCUUUUAUUUAUUUAAUAAUGUGCACAUCACCCUGUUUGGAUCCUUACGCGUAAUUCAAACCCUGCUGCAAAUAUUCAAUUACUGUCACCGUGUUUGGAAUUAUUUGUAUAAUCUGACUGUGAUCCGGGCCAGGUUUCGGUUUUGGCCUGAGAUGACUUUGUCUGAAAAACCUGAGAGCUUUAGGUGUUGUGAAACCACGCCGUAAAUACGCAUGGUUUACCUCCAGCUUGUCUUUGGUUUCUGUCAUCUCUGUCUAAAUUUCACAAAUACCAAAUCCAGCUGGAGUGUCAAAGAAGUAUUCAAAAAGCAGUGCGUAAAGUGUGUUUUAUAUUUUUAUCUGCUGCUAAUUUGUGGAUUUAAUCCUACACACGUGCUGGAAGAGAAAAUAAUGUUUGAUCACUUCUUCAACAGUCUGUUUACAUUAUGUUUACCUUUAUUUGAACGCGCGUAAAAGUCAUCUGCGGAGUUCUCUUUAUUUUACGAUUUAACUUCCUCAACGUAAAUUCUUUUGAGGCGUUUCACGUGGAAGUUGUUGCAUUUGAGGCUUGAAAAUUGAAAACAGAAAAUUGUAAAAUUACGAACAUGGAAGAGGAGUUUUACAUCCUGUAUAAAAAGAGUGUAGGACUCUUUGUUUUAGAGUUUUUGUGUUAAAGUUUGUAAAAAAUAAAGAGUGCGUAAAAGUGUUUCAUCUCGAGGCCAAAACACGAUUUUUUAAUUCUGUGAACAUUAAAUGAAAGGUUGUGUCUUUUGUGAGAAAACGUUCAGAUCUUUAACGUGUUCCUGUGUUUCUGUGCUGCCUCAGGUAGCCAGGUGUGCCGUCCCUCAUUACUGCACGGCUCUCUGCCCUGGCUGGAGGGGAGCAAAGGCAUCGCCCCGCACCACAGCACUUCUCCCUGGAACCUGAGUCCCUUCCCCAAGAACCCCCUGCACCACGGCUCCCCGGCCAGCCUGUCCGUCUACCCCCCAGCCUCCUCCUCCUCCUCCCUGUCCACCGGCCACACCAGCCCUCACCUCUUCACGUUUCCCCCCACCCCACCGAAAGACGUGUCCCCGGACCCGGGCAUAUCCACCCCGGGCUCCAGCAGCUCAGUGCGGCAGGAGGAUAAAGAGAGCAUAAAGUACCAGGUGACCCUGGCCGAGAGUAUGAAACUGGAGUCAGCUCACAGCCGGAGCAUGGCAUCAAUCGGAGCAGGGUCAUCCUCUGCCCACCACCCCAUCGCCACAUACCCACCCUAUGUCCCCGAAUACGGCCCAGGCCUCUUCCCACCAAGUAGCCUGAUAGGUGGGUCAUCUUCUAGUUAUGGUUCCAAAACGAGACCAAAAACAAGGUCCUGUUCAGGUAGGCGUGCGCUUUAUUACAUUCCCUUUUGAUCUAACAUGAUAUUCCCCAGAUUUGCAGCCUUAAUGAUCAGCCAUGUUUAAUCUCAUAUUUUUAAAAAAAUCCAUCCCUCACAUGAACAGGAAAGAUUUCAACAUGGGGCCAAAGGCUAAACCUUUAUUUUGGAGAGACGUAUCAAAAUGCCUCACAGCUCUUUCUUUCAUCAUCUGAUAAGAAAAACAAAGCUUGAAAUAACACCAAGGCGAAAUAUAUUUCAGGUUUUUAAAUUAUACAUCCUAUUUAAGUAGUUUUUAAACGAUUUAAUUAAAGAUGAAUAACAUUUUAGGAGUAAAAAUCUUGAUCCUAAAAUUAAAAUUCACAUUUUUGAAGACUUAAGAGUGAAGCUACAGCCAAACGCUGUGAUUAAUUUAGGUCAUUUUUUCACCUUCCUCUACACUAACACACAGAGAGCAACAGAGACAGAGGGGAAGCCAGCUCUCUGGGCUGUGUCGCCCCGUUUAUAUGUUUAAGAUAAUCCCAUUACUGUCAGACCAGUGCGCGCCACAGUUGCAUUGUUUACCCAGCGGUUCAGCACCGGAUGCUGCAUGUUCAUUCACAGGGAAAAAAGCGGGUGAACCGUCGCCGAAGCAGAGAGCACGAACCUGCAGCACCGAGAGGGAGAGGGAGAGGGAGGGCAGAUACACAGACAGAGAGAGAAAGAGAGAGAGAGAGAGAUAUUUUCCAUUUUGAGAGGAAGAAAAAGAGGAGGGCUGGUAAUUAUUUUAAAGGUUAUUUCUGCAGCUGAAAACCAGUUUGCAGUAAUGAGAUUAAUAUCUGAGCUUUUGAUAGGAGCAUAAAAAAACACACUGGAUUAUCUGAUGCAUAUCAUCGGGAUUAUUCUGCAUCAUACACUAAUGCAAAUCAAGAUUUUUAAUUCGAGGAUAAUGUGAGAUAAUGUGCAUUUAAAGAUGUGAACAUCCACUUUAAACUUUACACAGAAUUAAAUCCUGCACAAUACAAAACCUGCAUUGCAAAAAGCUUGCAUUUUUUUAAUCUCCAGUCGUGUUUUAGUUCUUGUUUGAUUCAACAGCAGUAAAGAAACACUUGUCCAGGUGCUUGCGUGUCUGUCUAUCACAUCUAAACGCGUCGGACUCGCGCAUUUAUCUCUCUUUUUUCCCUUCUCUCUGUCUUUGUGAAGGAGAAGUCGGUCUGUUUUGCAGCUCGGGGUGGGAAAAAAGGGGAAGUGCGGCUGCAUGAAAAUGCAAAAAGGCUCUCGGCGUGAGCACAAAAGCGCCGUGUGAGAGUCUCUGCUUUCAAAUAAUGUGGCAGCUCCACUUGUUUCAGUUUCAGGGCCCCUCUCUCCCUCUCUCUGUGUGUGCUCUAUAAUCAAACUGUUAGUGCGCGGCUCACCUGUCGGUGUCACUAGAGAAGUGCCAGUCAAAGCCCCUCAAUCCUUCAAAACAAAAGGACACAGCCCCUCAUAAAACUCUUACACGUGUAGCCGAAUUAUUCACGAGAAAUUCCUCUUCAAUGUUAUUAAAAAUGGCUGAUGAGAGAAUGAAAAGGGGCCUUCUAUAUUUUAGGCUUUCUUAAAAAAGUGUCGAAAAGCUUAUGGCAUUUUGCACAAAGAUGAAAAAACAGUUACAUGACACUCAGCUUAGCUUGAAGAUUUUGUGGUUUAUUGAAUGAGUAAGGACCUUAACACUGAUGCUGUGUUCACACCAACACUAACCACAUGUUUUUAAGUGUGUGUGAGUGUGUGUGCGGCAUAAAUAAAAAUAACUGCUGCAGAAAAACUCAUGCAUUUUGUUCAUAUUUGUUGAUAUGAAGAUUGCACAAUAUGUUUGCAUGUUUUAUACAAAUGUUGCAUUAUUUCUCUGCACUUCUAACCUUUUAUUUCCAGCUUAUUCAAAUGCAUAUAGAUUUAUUAUUUUUGUAUUAUUAAGGAACCAACUGACCGGGACACUUUGUUCGUGUUUUGUGUGUGUGUGUGUAUUUGUAUGUGUAUGUGUGUGUGUGUGUGUAUGUGUGUGUGCUCUUGCAGAAGGUAGAGAGUGUGUGAACUGCGGGGCCACGUCGACUCCGCUGUGGAGGCGGGACGGUACGGGUCACUAUCUGUGUAACGCCUGCGGACUCUAUCACAAGAUGAACGGGCAGAAUCGCCCUCUCAUCAAGCCCAAGCGACGGCUGGUACGUCUCCUCCACGUUUCCUUUUUUAUUGACGACAUUCUCCGUCUCUCUCUCUCUGUUUUUUCCCCUAUCCAGGAAGAAGUAGGCCUAUUAGCUGCAGGAAAUUGACUCGACAAGUGCAGGUCUCUGUUUUCAGAUACUAACAUAGAAAAAACUGCACAUAUUUUUUUCCUCCUUAAAUGCAAUGACGAUGCUAUUUUUCUUUGCACAAUAAUGUCAUUGAUUCAUGGAGCUCUAAAACAAUAAAGGCCCUCCUUUUAGAAGCUGCAGGCCUGCAUUCAGAGAGCACAUAAUCAGCUCCAUCAUGUGAACUUUAAGUUACACUUUAGCAUUUAGUCACAGGGAAACCCCCCUUUAACUUCAUCAGAGCUUUUUUAAGAGGAGUUCCUCUCUGCCUUCUUAAAGAAAAAAAAUACAAAAAUCUAUCGAGGCAAAGAUGGCUGCAGAGUGCACUCCAGUCCAGUCCUGCACGCUCUGGACCUCCAUAAUGUGAAAAGCCGGCUUCCCAGGAAAGGGCUGCCGGAUAUCUGAGCAGCGCAGAUAAGUCGCUUUUAACAACACAAGCCCCGCUUCCCCAGUCAAAACAUACAGGGCUGCUGCUGCUGCAGAGCCCCAGUCAGGGCCAGACGCACAGUCACGACUUCAGAUUUUGUUGGUGUUAGAACUUAAAUAAAGAUUAUGGACAGGUAAGGGUCAUUUCCACGCUGCAUCUGACAUUGCAGAUUUUAUUUAAGGCAGCAAAAGCAAGUAGAAAAAAAAUUGCACGCCAUAAAAUGACACAAAAAGGGUGUAUGAUCAUUUCUGUGGUACUUUAUCACAUUGGAAAGGUCAAAUUUGGCUCAUUCUGUGCAGAAAAUAUUAAAAAAAUAUAUAAAAGAGUUUAAAAAGAGAAACUCAUUAUAUGCAAACUUGACAUUUCGACGCUAUAGGGUGUGUUGGUUAUUCACAGCACACAUCAGCAGGGGUUAUUAGGCCACCACGUGCGUAUAAUUGGAAAUCCCUCCGAGAGAUAAUGUAGUCCUUUACGUUAGCGUGUCCUCUGCGGUCACCUGUCUAUUGAUUGUUUUUAGAGAUUAUAACAUCAAUGUCAAAGGCACUGCAGCAGACAGGCAGGCAGCUAAAUCCAUGAGAAGACAUGACUUUGACUGUGUCAGGAUGAAGGAGGGUUUGUGUGCUCUUGCUUUCCAGCCUGCAGCGAAGCCCAAAAAUAACCGCACUUAACCCUAUUUUUUAAUUUUUACCCAUACUUUUAAAUGACGUUCAGUUAUUACCACGUGGUUAAAAAAAAACAAAAAAAGCCUGCUCCUUUCUAUGAGAACCUUUCCCAUCGAUGUCUCAGGCCUCUUUUCCUUCUGUCUUUUUCUUUUUCUAUGUGAAUUGUUUAGCGUCACGAGGUCGACAUUUAAAACAAGCCCCGCACUCAAAAAGAGGGAAAUUUAAUCAGAUUUAAUAGCUCUCCCAUUUCAAGGCACUGCUUUUAUGUCUUCUGUAAAUAUUUAUUCUGCACGAGGUAUGCGCUCUGUGGCGCUAUUUUUAGCCUGGAGUGAAAGCACUUCUGUUUUGCUGUCUUGCAUUUUUUUUAAACUUUAUUUUUAACUCUUGCAGCUUGAAAUAAUGGGUGUGCAUUAAAAGUGUAUAUGCUACAGUAAAAUUAAACCUUGUGGCUGUGCUGUAGGAAUGAUUUCAGUAGAUUUGUUUGAUGCACAUGCGUAAAAGUGGCAUGCGUAAAAUGGAGACUGUAAUUGAUCUGUGAUAUUUAUCGCAUUUAUGCAAGUUUAAUUCAUUUACAGGGCUUUUUGAUGACAUAUGCAACAUUAAAAUAUAAUAUUUAACCUUUAAUUUCUCAUAUUGAGUGCCAAUGUUUGGUCAGAGAUUUACAUUUAAGCGCUAAAAAUCACAGAAAUUAACGCCCUGAAUUUUGGCGUUAAAUCUGUUACAAUAAAGUCCAUGUUGAUUGGGUUAUUUCGCGGUCAUGUGACCUGUUUUGUCCACUCUGUGUUGUCGUACAGUCCGCAGCCAGGCGGGCGGGGACGUCAUGCGCAAACUGUCAAACGACAACGACGACGCUGUGGCGGAGAAACGCUAACGGGGACCCGGUGUGCAACGCCUGCGGCCUCUACUUCAAACUGCACAAUGUAAGUAGAAAACACCUCCCUGCAUGUGAUUCUUUUUUUCCACCUGCAUCUUACUUCUCCUCACGUCCUGCUGGGCACCUUCCUCCUCCUCCUCCUCUUCCUCCUCUUGUGAAUAUUUAUCUGACUUGUCCCUGCAGAGAAUUUCCGGGCCACGCUGAUAACAAAUACUGUAGAAUUAAUAUGAUUUAUUGGCAGUAAGUGCGAAUCUAAAAUGUAUAAGAGCGGAGUGAGCUGAGCCCGCAGCCUGCCGUGGUUUUGAAUAUUAAAGAAGGAAGGGGCUUAAUUAAAAUUCCAUUAAUUUCCAGGACGAUUUCUCCCCCUCCUCACCCUCCUCUCUUGAGGAGUUCGAGUCCCCCUUCUGACCACCAAUCCUCUCUGAUUCGUUUUGGGGUCGCCACAUCACAUCAGUUCACAUCCUCAAUCUGAAAACCCCAGGGAGGACUUUUUUUUUUUAAUCUUCAGCCUGAUUUCUGCAGCACAAAGCUGUCACUGCAAAUCUGACUGACACUGAAGUUUCAACUAAUGAUAAUAAUAGUCAUAAAAGGAGGUUACACGUCAAACAACACAUGAGACAAAAUACUUUAAACAGCGUACACAGAGGCCCUUAAUCCUGGAUUCAGCUUCAUAAUCACAGAGGGUUUUAAUCUGACUCUGGAUCACAAGCAAAGUUUUCCACGUACCUAUCAUGCCCUUUACAUUUACAUAUAAUAAUAGACAGGAUAGGUGAGAUGUUGUUUGAACAACAUACCUAACAGAGGAGCAAAUCUAACAUGCUGAUCACUAGAAUUGAAAUAGUGAGUUUAAACUUUGCUCAAACGUGUGAGUUGGUUUGUUUUUGUCGUAUUAUGUCUGUUGUAUUUGGUUCACGAGCCGAGCUGUUGUGUUUUCCAUCUUUUACAUUCCCGUUCGUAUGUUUUGAUAGGUGUAAAUGUCGGGUAAACACAGUGGAAGGAUGUCAGAUAAUCUGUAAAAUCUGGAGAUUCCCAAAACUUUUUAGUCCGUGACCCUCAACGCAACAUCGCUACAGACUAACGAUGACCCUUCGAGGCGGUUGAAUGUUGAUCACAGCUCUAAAAAGCUGAUCCAAAAAUAAACACAAGAGCAACACAAAAGAAGACAACAGCCGAACAACCAUGAUAUUAUUUGAAAGUAACUCGACAAAAGCCUAGAAGAAAACAUUAGUGAGGUUAGUGUUAGCGCUGCUGCAGUGAUAGGACUUAGAGUCUGGUCUGUGUGCAUGUAGAUUCUUAACCUACCUGUGUGCACAUGUGGAUGCGUUACCUGCAACCUGCUGCAGCUGAUGCUUUCUUGGAGCAACAAAGAAAAGAGGAAAACUGAGGAUUUACACACUUUAAAAAUUUCAAUAUAUAUUUAUUUCUAGCAAAAAAUUGAAAAAAAGAUGUAAAUUUUAGACGAUUAUUCGUUCUUUGUUUUUGAAAGUAUCUCACUACCUCUACAUCAUUGUGUCAACAUCCUGCAGAGGAUCCUGAUUAUGAGUUGUUGUUUUUUCAGAGCCAAUACAAACAUCGAUGAUUAUUAGAUCAUAAGACCUAUUACCAAUAUUUAGAAUUGAUUAGCAUGAAAAAAGAUGUCAAACUUAAGACCAGGCUGUUGACCUCUAGUCCUGAUGAGACCCACUGCUUGAGACUGGAGAAGACAGGAGAUGAAUCUGAGCUAAAACUGAGUCUGACCUCAGUACAAACUUAAAGGAGGGUAGUGUACAGUCACACAAAGUUUAAUCCACUUUUUGAGCGUCAAUUCUACCAAAAGAGUAAAGUUAUGAGCCCCUUUAGAUAAUGUGAAAAGCAGAAGAAUCAGAUGUUUGUGUCAAAAACCGUCCUGCAGAAGUAAAAUGCUGUCAGGAAAUAAAUGCUCCAGUGAAGUAUAGAAAACUCCUCUAUUGUACCCAAACAAAGUAUUUGUACUUUCUCAGAGAGUGUCCUCUGAAUGCUCCUUCUUAAAUGAAUUUCCCAUGUUACUUUUGGCCCAAACUUUUCGUCUCUGCAGACGAGGAAAAAGAGAAAAGAAUAAUAUUUCCUUGUUGCGUAUUAGCAUCUGAACUGGCCCUGACCUUUUGGGUGUAAUUUGGAAGUUUAUUUUGGUAAAUCCAGACUUCUGUUUUGGAUUUCUCCCUUUGAAACAAAUUCCUCAUUCUUCACGGAGAAUUUAGUGCAUGUGUGUCCAAAAAAAAACCAAAAAAAAAAACGCCUGCCUGUUGUCCCGCUAGCUUUCAGAUGAGAAGCUAACUCUGACAGGAUCUUUCUGCGGGUUUUGAAGUCGUGUUUCUCAUCUUUGCGCGUCUGAGUUUGACACCUUUGAGUUGUGACGCUGAGGUUUAAGGUGUUGGAGAGGAUGUCUGCGGUGGACACUGACUGAAAAACACUUUGGCGUGGCUUCGUGUUUGAAGUCUCAGGGGCGGGCGGCGGCCUCAGAGCAGUCCAGAGGCCCGGGGUUUCCUCUGUGAGACAUCUCAGGCAUCAAAGAGGCCUGACCGGGCUGUAGGUGGGCGUAGAGCUGGAAGUGAGGCCGACCAGGAGAGAGAGAGUGAGCCACAUCUUAGAGAGUGAAACCACAGAUCUCUGCCCUCCGCUAAUCAUCCAGGCCACUCUGUAAAAAAAAAAAAAAAAAAUGUCUCAGACAACGAGGAAGAAAUCCCCGCUCCCAUUUCCCGGAGAAGAAAGAUCAGGAAGCCAGUCGGCCUCAUCCACCUCCCCUCGUAAUCCUGCCCACAGCCCGAAUUCCAUCAUCCAGCUCUCGUUCCCGGCUAAACCGGUGCUGGAAUACGGCAGCUGGGGCCAUUUUGGCCAGGAGACGACAGGGCCGAGCGGUUGAGGAGGAGGAGGAGGGUGAGAGAGAGAGAAGGAGAGAGAGAGAGAGAGGGGAGAACUUGGCGGUCGUCGUGGCCAUGUGUCUCUGUGGUCGACUGGCUCGCACAUGAGCUGCCAGACACUCUCCAUCUCUUCCUCCAUCCUUUUCCUUUUCUCUCUCUGUUUCUUUCUGGCAUGGGCGCAGACUCAGAUACCACACAAUAACACAGUUAGGAACAUACACACACGGCGUUUAUGUAAACAAUCUCGCAUUUUAGGACGAGACACUCAGAUUUGGUUCUAAUGGAACUCCAUUACAUGUCAUUAAGUCUCCCUGAAACCCCCAAAUCUGUCUCGAAGACGCUCAGAAACCAACGUUUCCCUUUUAGUUUAAGAUACUUUGGCUCUCUCUUUGACUAACGUUGCCAUGGAAUCAUGAAGAUAUCCAAACUUUAGAUUUUCAUGUAGUUUUUUUUGCUGCAAUCUGCAGUGGAGUUUGUGUUUUAUCCCGUGGAAAAGUCAACAGAAAUAUGGAUUAUGCUUCAUGCACAUGAGAGUAUUUGUACAUUUAACAUCCAAUGAAAUACUCUUGAACUUUAUAUCCUUCAGCAGAACUGAGAACGUCAACAAUCGAUGAACUUGUGAAUAAGCUGUUUUUAUUUUAAAAUUGAUGCGCAGUGCGAGGAAAUCUUGUGGGAAAAUUUCACACAAGUACAAAGACCUGAUUUGGACGAUAGCGUGUGUCUGCAGAAGGUGAAGCUGCAGUUUCAGGGCCACAACUCUAGGACUGCAUCAGUAGGUCUCUUGCCAGAGUUAGGUUGAGAUACUAAAGAUGAUCACCAAAAAGGAUAAUUUUACUCACUGAAAUCAGAGUCCUUGGCGAGAACUGGGUGGUACUGACGCAAACAGCAACAAUCUAGAUUUGUGGUCCCAGAAAUGCGGUCCUGAAUCUGCAGCCUCUAGGUUUGCAGAUAUAUUCUUCUUCAUUCUUAGGGCUGUGGGCAAUCAUGCAAAGUGAGAAAAAAGGUCAUAUCUGUUUAAAAUAAGCAAAAUUAUUAGAGUAAGGUAUCUUUGAGUGCAACAUGUUCCUCUCUAUCGCUUUGUUAUCAAAAGAAAAAGUAAAUAUGUUCUCUGAUGCUGUUUCGUGCUUCUUUCACCGCUGUUUUUUCUAGAAGCGAUAAUAUCUGCGGUUUUCUGAUGCUCAUCUUGCAGAAAAGUACACAUUUCCUGCAACAAAAUACUAAUCUGCCAUCUUUUUCUGUCUCCUUUCGAGAGCAGAUCAACCGACCUCUGACCAUGAAGAAGGAAGGCAUCCAGACCCGGAACAGGAAGAUGUCCAGCAAGUCCAAGAAGAGCAAAAAGUCCCAAGACAGCAUGGACGACUUCUCCAAGAGCCUGAUGGACAAGAGCAGCUCCUUCAGCCCGGCCGCCCUCUCCCGCCACAUGUCCUCCUUCCCCCCCUUCUCGCACUCCGGUCACAUGCUGACCACCCCCACACCCAUGCACCCUUCCUCCAGCCUCCCGUUCGCCCCUCAUCACCCCUCCAGUAUGGUCACAGCUAUGGGUUAAAGCCUGCACCCGAACCCUCGCCUACACCACUUUAACCCCUCGGUACCUCUGCUGACCUGCUCCCGCUUCCUUUAAAGACAAAAAGACUUUUCCUCCACACCCCCCCUCUCUCUCACCGGCGAGCUGCGGUGCCACGACGACGACGACAGCCUCCUUUUGUCCUCGGUUGUAUCUUAUUUUUAUAAAAUCAAAGUGUACCUCUGCGAUGUGAAUGCUUUGCAGACUUGACUUUUAACUCUGGCGCACUGACCUCCAAUGAGGAAGAGUUUUCUUCCUCCAACACAGGAGAGAAGGAACAUUUUCUCACCCAUAAACCGCCACUUCUGCAUCGAGGCUCUCCUCCCAGCUGAUCCACACGAAAAAGGACCUCCAUUUCUGUACAAAAAGCCAUUUUUCCACACAUAACAAAAAAAAAAAAAAAACAGACUUAAAAAAAACUUUUGCUCUCUCCCUGAAAUCCCAAACAUGCCUCCCUCUCUUUUCCUCACACCUGUGUAACAGGAAACCCCGCCCCGCUCCCUACAAGCUCCUCCCCUUUCUUCUUCUUCUUCUUCGAGGAGAGACGUUGAAUAUAUUUGUACAAAUUGUAUGAAAUACAGUACAUUUAAUGAAGACUUUUUAAUUAAGUAAGAAGAAAAAAAAGGAAAACAUGCCCCCGGGCAGCUAACAACGAGAAGGGUACGAGUCGCGGCAGGUGGAGAGGACGCCUUUUGGAGGAGAGAAAAAAGGGAGAAGGAGAAAAGAGAGGAGAGACUUUGAGAAGGGCAGGCCUCUGUUUUUCGCCUGCGUGAGUUGCGUUGCAUUAAGUUUGCAGAGAGUCAGCGGCUCCGGCUGCAGACGUUUCUCUCCUUUUUUUUUUGUUUUGGAUGUGCUAUAGGUCUCGGGCAAUUGGUUUGUGUUGCACCUACACACACAUGCAUAUAAACACACACACACACAUGCACACACAUGCACACACACACACACACCUGAAAGACUUUCUUCCUGCCCACAGAUUAUAUGCAUUGUGAAAAAAGUUCCUGUAUUUGUUAUUUGUAUGUAUAAAUCAGAGUACCAAAAAUACGAAAUAAACAAAGAUGUAGAAUUAUUUCUUUAUGUUAUGCAGACUGAAUGGUUGUAAAAAUUUAAUAAUAAUCACUAGUGUAAAAUAUGACUGCUUUUUUGUUUCGUAAUUUUUUUUCCCUCUUUGAAAAUAAUAAACUAGUUUAAUCUCUGUUGACAUGUUAGCGCUGCGCUCCCGAGCCGUCUUUUCUGUGUGAUCUUUGACACCCUCUCCACCCAUGACCGCCAGCCACCGCCAAUUUUAUAUUUAUAUAUCUAAUUUUUUUUUACCCAGCAUUCACAGGGGCAGCCUGCUCAGGUCAGGGUAGUACAAACAGGAAGAGCAGAAAUAAACAGAAGCGAUGCAGGAACAAAUCAAACAGUAGGGUCAGAGAGGUCGGCGUGGCGGCUGAAGGGGCUUUUGUCUCAUCCUACAGAUACAUAAAUACACACCGAGAAACACGCAACACUGCGCACACACACAUCAAACAAUUAUCAGUCAUUUGAAGGGGAGGAUUCAUCAGGAAGCAGAAUCAUUUCAGGCGUUUCCUUCAGACUUAAGAUCACUUAAAACUAUUUAUACACUCAAACCUCAAUUUCAAUUCAUAAGAUCUGGGACAGAAAAAAAUUCAUAAAAGCCGAUUUUGAUGGUUUGCAAACCCUUUAUUGAAUUAGAAACAGUGCAAAUACAAAAUAUCAAAUGUUCAAGUGAAAAUGUUUUGAAUGAAAAAUAAUUUAAAAAAUGUUUCAAAAUGGGACAAAAAACACAAUUAAGUAAAAUGUCUAAAAACACCUUGAGCAUAAUCGCAUUAGUUUGCAACAGGUUAGCAACAUAGCCGGGCAUAAAAAGGCUCUUCUGAGAAAGUGAGUCUUUCAGAGGUAAAAACAAGACAAGGUUUACCACUUUGUGAGAGACUGCGUGAGCAAGUCUUUAUAUGGUUUCAGAAAAAUGUUCCAAAAAACUAGAAUAUUUUAUUUAUUCAACUGCAGUUCACUGUAUCAAUAAAGGUUUCUGAGAAUCAGGCGGCAUUGCAUUUUGAAAGCAGACAUGAACCUGAAGUGGAAGUCACCGCAUUGCAGCACAAAAUCAUUCCAAAAAACUAAUAACUGGGAACAGAGGUAGUUGCUGCAUCAACAAAAAGUAAAAAAUUAUAAAAUUUCCAAAAAGAAAAAAAAAUUGUUUUCACUUAAAAAUGUGUGAGAUUCAACCAGGAGCUUUUAAAAGUACUUUUCAUCUGAUAAAUGUAAGAGAAGAGGUUUCUUCCUUCAGCCACAAAAUGCAGGUUAAAAUUACACCACUUAAUCAUGUAUAUUUAUAUUUCAUUUAUUUCACCUUAAAUGGUUUACAGAUUUGCUGUUUUUGCUCACACGAUACACAGCAUCUCAUCUCUAGUGGAGUUGAGGUUUUAGUAGAAGUCCCCCUUUGUUACAGCUCUUCACUCUCAAUCUUUCAAAAACACAAAAACAAUCCAAACAAUCUCAUCAAACUCAUGUUGCAGUGUUGCUUCACUACCUCUGAGUAAAUUCCAAGUAUUCAGCAGGGGAAAGAAAAGGAAGUAUGUUGGUGACCACCACUGAAUUUGAUGAAACUUCCCUCUCACAGUAUCCGCAGAUCAACCCCAAAGUUAUCAGGAUUCAAUCAGAGGAAUUUAAAAAAGCCCAAAGAUCAAAUACUUUUGGUUUUUAGGACCACAAAUAAGCAGCAAGACCACAAUGUACAAUACACCACAGUUUGCAUUUGACAUUUAGAGAGGAGGGGAAACAGAAAAAUCCCUCAGUUGGAUUUGUUUUUGCAGAGAGCACACAGCAGGUAUAGCGAUCCAGUGCCAGAAAAACAAACUUGAUUUAUUUGGAAUUUAAUAUUUUGAAAUCUCCUCUUGACCACUUUGUGCACAAAUCUGGUACAAAUGUUAGAUAUUUCUAUUAAAUCAAAACACCAACAGUCAUAUCAGAUAUUAACUUUUACUGCUGACCACACCACAUGCAGAAAAAAUGUUAUGACUGAAAAAUUACAUUUUCACAGUAUGUUAUUGUUUCUGUUCCCACUAAACGAUUAUUUUUACCACAUGAAAAUACUCCAAGGAUCAUCAGCUCAGUCACAUACAGAGGAGAACUGACUUUUGUUGCAGGAUGCAGGCCAGUUUUUCACUUUUUUGGUGCGUCUUACAUACAGUAAAGUGCUGUGAAAAUGAUGACUGAUUAGAACAAAGUGAGAAAGUAGAGAAAAAUUGAAAUGCUGCAACGUGUGGGCAUAAAACAUGUACAUUAUAUCAUAAUAUAUCACUGUGAGGCAGUUGAAAGUGCUUCACAGAGAAAUCUCAACAUCAGGAAAUAACUACAUAUCUGUAUGUCGCACAAACAUUAGGCAUACAGGAAUGGGCAAAAGGGGGCUGCAAUGACUGUGAACGCUAUGUGUGCACACAACCACUGUACAUAAUAUCAUUAAAGACAGAGAGAACAUGAAGAGAUCUCUGUGUAAAAGGCUAAAGGCGUGAAACCAAAACUGCUUUCUGGCUCUCUGGUGACAUUGCAUCAAAAACAGACAUGUCUCUGUGUAAAAGUCACCAAAUGGGCUCAAAAUCACAUUCAAAAGCCAUUGUCUCAGUCGUGGAAGUCACCACAUGGGUUUAAAAAUCACAUUCAAAAACCAUUGUUUGUGAAACCAAUACUAGUUUCUGGACUUCUUGAGACAUUGCAUCCAAAACAGACAUGUCUCUGUAGUGGAAGUCACCACAUGGACUCAAAAUCACAUUCAAAAGCCAUUGUCUCUGUAGUGGAAGUCGACACAUAGGCUUAAAAUCACAUUUAAGGCCAUAAGUUGUGAAACCAAUACUGGUUUCUGGACUUCUUGAGACAUUGCAUCCAAAACAGACAUGUCUCUGCAAUGGAAGUCACCACAUGGACUCAAAAUCACAUUUAAAAGCCAUUGUUUGUGGAACAAGUAGUGGUUUUUGGACUUCUUGUGACAUUUCAACCAAAAAACAGACAUGUCUCUGUACUAGAAGUCACCACAUGGGCUCAAAAUCACAUCCAAAGGCACUGUCUCUGCAGUGGAAGUCACCACAUGGAAUAAAAUCACAUUCAAAAGAUUGUCUCCUUAGUGGAAGUCACCACAUGGGCUCAAAAUCACAUUUAAAAGCCAUUGUUUGUGAAACCAAUACUGGUUUUUCGAACUUUUGUGACACUGCAUCAAAAACAGACAUCUCUCUAUAGAAGGAAUCACCACAUGGACUCAAAAUAAACCCAAAAGCCAUUUUUUGUGAAACCAAUACUGUUUUCUGGACUUCUUGUGACUUUGAAACCAAAAAAAGACAUGUCUUUGUAGAAGGAAUCACCACAUAGGCUCAAAAUCCCACUCAGAGGACAUUGUCUCUGUAGUGGAAGUCACCACAUGGACUCAAAAUCACAUCCAAAACCAUUUAAUGUGAAAGUGUUCAAGAAGAAAGGGAAACCAUGAUCAUGAUCCAGAAACACUAGUGAUUUUUCUAAACCUGAGUGCAUCUAAGUCGAAUGAACUAUCUGUAAUAUGAGAAAUCAAAACUGGACAUUGUUUUUGGAAAUCAUGGACGCCUCAUCCUACAGGGAUCUACUUGGCUUUUUGAUCCUUGCACAGCAAAAAAGUUUAGAUUAAUUUUCCCUGAUGGCAUGAAAGAGUAAAUACAAGUUGUGUGAAUCAAGAUGUCCAAUAAAGGAGGAAAAAUGUUGUUUAUUUCUUUAUUUUGCGCUCAUAAUCAGUUAAUCCUCUCUUAUGCAACACACACUCUGCCCUGUGGCCUGCAAACUCCACACUGACCCAACUCAUCUCCCAGCAUCUAAAUCUUGUUGAACCACAUUUCCAAUAUUGGAAUAUAUUUGCACAAGUGGACGUCCAAAUCCGGCGGCUGCGGCCCUCUCAUGCCUCCCUGCAGGAAAAGGCCAAACAGGAGUCAGGAAUUUGGCGUCAUUUGUUUCUGAGCCGCUGUGACCAAUCGGGAGAUUUGCUCGUGUGUUUUAAUAGUGAGGUCAAAGGGGCAUGUGGGACGGGAUGGGAAGAGAGAGAGAGAGAGAGAGAGAGUGUGUGUGUGCGAAGAGGGAUUGAGGAGAGCUCUGCCCUGUGCUGGGACCCCAUGGCCCCUGGCUGACCUCUUCUUCUAUGGUGUUUGGCUGUGGACGUCUGCCAAGGGUGAGUGGAUGUUCAACUCAGGUGAGGAUGUAUGAAGGACUCUCUGUGAUCUCUUCUUCUUCUUCUUCUUCUUCUCUCCAUCAUCAUCCUCAUCGUGGUAACACAGCACUUAUUUCUGUCUCUCUCUCUCUCUCUUUCUUUCCAUCUGUCUGUC